AGUUCUUGUGCAGGAUCAUCUUUCCCUUACCCCAGCCCCCUCGACCCCAAUCUCAAUACCAACGAUAGAGCUACCGUAGAACCAGCUAAGCUGCUGAUGACGCUUGUAUUUUGAUCCCUCGAGGCGUUAUUCUCUGCCGUGUUGUAGAGGGGCUGUACUUCUGCAAAGUAGUGAAAAUAAAUUAACUAGUUCCCCCAUGUUUUGAUCCCCUGGUCUACUUGAAUUGCAAGAUGGUUCUCACUGUCGGUUGGUUUGCUCCAUUUUUCUCGAACAGCGGGUAUGGGUCGGAAGCGAUUUCCUACUUGCUCGCCUUCCAGAAGUACCUGCCCCACAUUCCCGUCGCGAUUCGGCAGUUUGCCGAGCCGGAAGACAUGCAGUGGUCCAAUCACAACCUUCCCCCCGAGUUGCGUCGCAUCCUUCGCGGCCUCACCAAAAAGUCCUUCGCGGACACCACACGUGUGGUGCGGAACAGAGCAAUGUCGGCGAGCGAGGCGGCGCAGCAGGCAGGCAGCGAUAAUGUUGACCCUGCGAAUAAACACUUGCCCCAGGUCGCCGCGGGGAGCGGUAGUGCCGCCGAGGGGAAUAAUAAUAAAGCGGUUCUGACGGGACGAGAUCGAGAACCUCUGCAUCACCAGCAAGAUAAUUAUGCCGGCGGAGUUGUAGAGAAAGGAGAAUUGGCGGCGAUCUGCCACUCCACACCGGACGUGUGGCACGAGGACGGGGCGUUUGGCUGGGGAAAUUUGCAGACCCGUUGUCCCCCGCCGUCGGCAAAGAUCCGCAUCGGCCGCACGAUGUUUGAGACGGACACGCUGCCUAGCUCGUGGGUGCCGCGGCUGGAGAAGAUGGACUACAUUCUCGUGCCGACCAAGUUCCACUUCGACAUUUGGCGCAAGAAGAUCCACGAGUACAAGCUGCGGGUGCUGCACGAGGCGGUGGACACAGAAUUUUUCUCCCCCACCGGGACCCCCGUGGUGCCCGUUUUGUCGCACCGCGCGAACCACCGCCUGUUCAACCGGUACGUGGGGCGGCUGGUGCGCACACUGCCCGUGAACCGCAACCACCCGUCGGCCGGGAAGAAGACGGCGCCGGCCAUCGACCCGAAAACCGGGCGGCUGGCGCAACACGUGAAGAAGGCGGUGCCAGAGAAGUACAGCCGGCACAAGUUCGGCGCCAAGGCGGGCGAGCUGCACCACCACGAGCAGCGGAAGCUGCAGCAGCGGCGCUACUUCGACGACGACUACGCCGGGGAUCUGGAGGAGGACGUGUUCCACCAACCCCCGGAGGCGAAAACCGCCGCGGCGCACCAGCGCAUUCAGCAGCAGCCCAAAUUUUUCCUCGCGAUCGGGAAAUGGGAGAAGCGCAAGGGGUUUGACGUGCUGAUCAAAGCCUUUCAGGAAGAGUUCCGGUCGGACGUGGAGGUGUUUCUGCUGAUCAAAACGAGCCUGUUCCACAACACAAGGAGGCAAAUUCUGCAGGAGGCCUUCGGAAAGGAGUACGACGCCGAGAAAUUAGACCGGUACCAGCACGUCAUCAUCGACGAGACACCGCUGUCGUCGGUGGAGAUGGUGCAGGUAUAAUUGGGUUCAGAAGUUUAGCAGGGACGUUGUUCUUCGGGAUUUUCUUCAAAGGUGAAGUUCAGAAACAAAUACGGGGACGAGAUUACUGAAAAUCUAAAGGAGAAAUAUGAAGAUGUAUCACAAGAACUCAGAUGAUGUACUUGCACCCUGUUGAAUGCUGCUCUUCUUUUUCUUCAACAUCUAUUCAAAAAAUCUUCAAAACUCAAUCUGUACCAGCUCUAUCGUGAAGCCACCGCGGUGGUGCUUCCGAGUCGGGGCGAGGGUUGGGGCCGGGGACACGCAGAAGCGAUGUCUAUGGCCAAGCCUCUCAUCGCCGUGAACUGGUCGGGGCCCAGCGAGUACAUGCGAGACGACAAUUCCUUAGCAGUCAACUACACGCUGGUUCGUCAACUGGACCCGAAUACUAUCCUGUGCAAAAGUAUCGUACUGCUCGUACUAAUUGCAAUCAUGCAUGACAGAUCUUGUUUCUUAGCGAAAUCAGCAUUACAAAUUUCAUUUUUCCUUCUGGAAAAAUUUGUAUUGCGAUUUAUACUAGUACGAUACUUUUGCAAUGCAUAAAUGCCGGCAUGUACUCAGGCGACGGGCACUGGGCGGAGCCCUCUGUUUCCUCCAUCAAAUGUAAAAAUGUCUGGGUCUGGAAGAAUGCAACUUGUAAUGCGUAUUUCAGAACACAGAAAAGUCUCUCAUGCAUACGUAGCAAAAGCUCCCGCUUUUUGUCAGCAAAAUAGGGGACUUGUCAUGCGGAUUCGGCAUUGCGGAAGGUUCUCGAAAACUGUGAUGCUAGAGCUUCCAUGCCAGACCUUCUGUGUCAUGCAAAAACAGCAUGACUCUUCCAGACCCAGACAUUUUUACAAUCCAUAUCCUCCCUGCGACAGCAAAUGCGCUGGGUGCUGAAUCACGAGGAGGAGGCGAAGCGUAUGGGAGCGGCGUGUGGGGUGGUCGCGGGGUGGUAGUUUAUUUUGGCACGGAUUCUACUGCCGUUUCGGUUGAGAAAUAGGAUUUGCAUGCUUCUUUCGUUCAUUGCUUGGUCCAUCUGGCUGGCAAAAGUAGUAUGUAAUGUGUCGUUGAAAAAAAAAAUCUGAAUUAUGCGAACUACAAGCCAAUGGCUAUCUUCACGACCACCUCCAGCUCCGCUCUGCAUAAAAGAAAUCGGCAUGAACGCACGGCGCUUGAUGGUUGAACAGUAUUCGUUGUCGGAAAUAUCGAAGCAGCUCGACAAACUACUCACGGAACUAAAUUCGAAAAUCGACGAGCGCAACGCCAAGAUCCCCGUGAACAUCACGAGACUGAGGGAUCGGGACGAAUUGUAA